AUGACUAUAGAGGUUGGCUCGCGUCGCCUUGCCCCCUCCCCCUGUACCUACCAAAAGUGGAUCAGGGCUUCGUUGUCGUCAUGUCUGGUCGGAUCUCGUCAUAAGGGGGCGUCAUCUUCUAAUGCUGUAUGGUGUGAGGCACUUGUAUAUUUUCGUCUGUCCGUGGACAAGGUUUGCAAUCAGGGCAGCGCAACACUUCAUUGCCGGCCUCUAGACCGUAAGACAAUUUGGGUUGCUGACGCAAAUCUUUGCUAA